UAUAAGACACACGUCCUUACACUUUUGGCACAGAAACCAUUUCAGCUACCGACCGUGCAACUGCUCUCAUUUUCUUUCUACUCUCGAAAUUAAAGCCUCAAUCGUUUUUAAGUAACUGCAAUGAAGAUUUCCGCACUCGUUUUGGCCAUUGGGUUGGUGGCCAUCGUCAACGCUCAGUUAAUCGACUACGAUCAACUGGCCGGCAGUUUUGGUCUGCGCAAAUUGACCAAAAAGAUUGAACGUUCUACCAAUUAUCAGAACCAACAAAUUCAGCAACAACCCACUGGUACUUACCAACAGCCACAAAUCGGCGGAGGUUAUCCGGCCAUCACCUCGUCCUAUCAACAAUCGGCUAGCAGCGGAUACAACAACCAACAAGAAAAUAAACCAGCAGUGGCCACUUACCAAAAUGAGAAAUCCCCAGCCGGAACAUACGGAUCGAGCAACGCCUACGACACAGCAAAGAAGGGAAUGCCUUACGAUUUCUCUUGGGCGGUGAAAGACGAGCCAACCAACAACGACUACGCCCAUCAGGAAAAGAGCGACGGUGAUGUUGUGACUGGAUCCUAUCGCGUUUUGCUUCCGGAUGGACGUACGCAAGUCGUUACCUAUCGGGUACAAGGAGACAGCGGAUUCGUCGCCGAGGUCAAGUACGAAGGAGAAGCCAAACCUUACGAAGCUCCAGCUAAAAACAAUUACGGAUCUUCAUCACAACAACAAGCGGCUGGAUACGGACCAUCUUCAUCCAGCGGCUCUGCCGGCUACAAUCAGGGGGCCACUUCUUCAUCCAACUACCUCAACCAACAACAACCAACUGCUUACGGAGGAGCUAUAGGACAAUCAGCAAUUGGUUCGUCAUCACAAGGAUCAUCCAGUUACAAUAACGUACCGAAACCAACAACUAAUGCCUACGUACCUCCUAAUUCACCCGCGCAACAGCAGCCCACCAGCAGCUACGGACAAUCAACAGGUAGCAACAAUUAUGGAUCUUCUUCUGGCACGGCAGGAUCUUCUUACGACAGCAGCAAAUCUACUGGAGGACAACAACAAGGAUCAGCUUAUGGCGCAGGUGCUGCCGGACAGAAUAAUUACGGGUCAUCACCUCAGGCAUCCCAGCAACAGGCUGCCUAUAGUGGAAGUAUCCAGAAACCUUCUGAAAGGUAUUUAACUCCUCCACUUCCCACGGCUGCUGCAUACACUGCCCCCUCUGCUGGAUCAUCUGCUGGUUAUGGAGCUAAUGGACAAGCAUCCAGUUACGGCUCCCCCCAAGCAUCAGCAAUCUCUUACGAACAGGUUAAACCUUCCGACAGUUACUUGCCUCCUCCACCAGCCGGACAAGCCAAUUACGGCAAUGCUGGACAACAAUCAUCUUCUUCCCAAGUUUCUUCAGCGUACGAGAAUGUGCAGAAACCAUCUGAAAAUUACUUGCCACCUCCUCCUUCGACCUAUCAGUCUGCUUCCGCUGCUGGACCGUCUUCUAUUAGUUCAUCUUCACAAGGAUCUGCAGCUUCGUACGAACAGAAUAAGCCUUCCGACAGUUACUUGCCUCCUCCUGCCCCCACAGCUGCUGCCUACUCUUCACCUGCUAGUGGAUCAUCUAAUUAUGCAGCUACAGGACAACAAUCUUCUUCUCAGGGACCCGCAAUUUCCUACGAACAGAAUAAACCUUCAGACAGUUAUUUACCUCCUCCCACUGUUGCCUACACUCAACCCGCUGCCGGGCAACAAUCUUCAGCAUCCAGCUACACUUCCCCUCAACAAUCAGCAAUCUCGUUCGAACAGCCGUCCAACAGUUACUUACCUCCUCCACCCGUUUCUACUGCUAAUGUGGCCUACGGUGCUGCUGGAUCAUCGAAUUAUGAAACUCCUGCAACACAACAAUCUUCUUCAUCAGGAUACGGAUCUUCGCAAGCAAUUCCCUACGAAGAGCCUUCCAGCAGUUAUUUACCUCCUGUGGCUGCUGUUUAUCAGGCACCUGCUGGAUCAUCCAACUACGGAUCUGUAGGGCAAUCCUCUUCACUAGCUCCAGCAGUUUCCUAUGAAGAGCCUUCCAACAGUUACUUGCCACCUCCUCCAGCUGCUUCUUAUCCAUCCACAGCUGGAUCAUCCAACUACGGGGCUGCAUCUCAACCAUCCUCGGGUUCAGCAACUGCAACAUACGACAACGUACAGAAACCUUCCGACAGUUAUCUCCCACCCACUGCUACUUACUCAUCAGCUGGAACAGCCACCCCUUACGCUGCAGCCCAGCAGCCCGGUUACGAAAGUUCAUCGACCAAUUACGAGAACAAACCGGCUGAAAAUUACAUGCCCCCAACUGCAGUUUUCCAACAACCAUCGGCCAGCGCAUCCGGAUAUGGAGGAGCUUCAAGUUACCCUUCCAGCCCAGCAGCGGACAGUUACAGCAGCAGGAAAGGAUCUGUGGAAGAAACGUCUUACAGCGUAGGAGAAGGUCAAUUAUUUCACGGUGAUUACCGCCAACAACAGCAGAAAGUAGCAUCGUCAACGGCUUCGUACGGUGAGGCUACAUCGACUUUCUUCUUUGGAAACAAUAAUCAACGUUCUGCUUCAUCGUACGUUCCAGGUGUUGAUGCUGCCAAAUAUCCAGCUGGUAACGCACUGGGAGCCAGCGCAAGGGCCAGUAAUCGAGCUCGAUCUGUCGUCUAUUCUCCUGUAGGAUGGCGUUUGUAUUAAUUAUUUUAAACGUAAAAAGACAAACAAGAAAUUGCCAAUCAAUCGGGAUGACAAAACUCCACCCCGUUCUUUUAUAAAGCUUAUUCAUUUCUAAUAGAGUAGAUUAUAACAAGGCUUAUUAAUUCGAACGCUUACCUUAUAGUUCAUCUUCCAUAAUGUAAUCAUCAUUCGACUACUUUUGCUGACUAAUUCACUCAAUGUAUACGCAAAAAUUGUCGAAAGUUAAAUACACAAGUGCUCAGCA